AUGGCUUUCUCAAAGUCUAUCAUUCUUGCAGCUCUGCUGGCCUACGCCGAGGCCCGAUUCGGUCAAGAGCAGGAGCCUGUUGCUGCUGUCCAGGCACUUGGUGAUGCUGGAUUCGGUGACCCUGGUGUCGCUGCUACUAUCGCUGGCAGCAUCCCUGGCGCUUUGCUCGCAGCUGCUAGUCCUUGUGACAAGCUUACUAUCGCCGAUCAGAUGAUCACCGAGUUGGGAACUGACCAGCAAGUUCUCGAUGCAGCCAUUGGCCUUGUUGCAGCUGAGACCAAUUUCAACCCUUCAGCUGUUGACAGACCUUUCGUCUGCGCUGACCCCAGCCUACCAGCUACAGCUGCGCUUCGCGGCAUUGUCCCUCUCGUUGACCCUGCUGUUGACGGUGCAGCCACUGAGAAUGCCAACUCGGCAACCUCGGUUACAACUCCUUUCGAUGCUGCUGGCCUAUCACAGGCUGAGGUGAUGAUUGCUCAGGGAUUCAGUACUUUCACAGCCGUUGGUGCUAACGGCGACCAAGUCGAGCUUGAUGGCCAAGACGGCGCUGCCGCUGGCGGUGCCGGUCAAGACGAUGGCCAGGAUGAUGGUACUGGUGCGGAUGCUGGAGCUGGUAAUGGAGGAGCUGCCAACAAUGGCACUGCUCCCGCUGAUGGCCAGCAGGGCAACAAUGGCUCCGAUAACGCCCAGGAUGGAAACAACGCAAAUGACGAUGAGGAUUGUGAAGAGGAUGACAGCAACAACGGCAACAACAACAAUAAUGGAAACAAUGGUAACAACAACAACAAUGGCAAUGCCAACAACAACGGAAAUGGAAACCAGAACAACCAGGGUGGAAACAAUGGCAACAACGAUAAUGCCCAGGAUGGUCAGGAUGAUGCUGCAGAUGACAACAAUGCUGGAAAUGGUGCUGGUGACGGUGGAAACGCUGGAGGCAAUGCUGGCGGCAACGCUGGCGCUCUCGACUUCGGGGUCUGCCAGCCUACCAUGGCUCGCGUUGGUGGCCUCAACGGUCGCCCAGCUGACGAAUUCACCUUCAUUCCCCAGGAUCCUCUCAUUGCUGAAGGCCAGCAGGAGGCUCUAAACCCCAACAUCAUUACCAACCGUAUCUGUGACCAGCUCACCAACGUGUGUGACGCUAGUGCUGAUGCUGUGGCUGCUUGUGAGGAUGCUCAGGCUCAGAUUGAGGCUUUGGGAACACGGGAUCAAAGCACCGCUGACACAUGGAACGCCCUACUUGGCUUCGACGGUGUUGAUUCUACUCAGCAGCAGGUUUGA